AUGUCUUUACCAUCUCCCACAAAGGAUCUCGAGAACCAGGCCACGGUUAAACCGCAGUCUCACGAUGAAGAAGAGGGCACCACCCAUCCGGAGGGUCACCUCAAGCGUGACCUGCGCAGUCGACACAUGCAGAUGAUUGCUAUCGGUGGUGCUAUCGGUGCUGGUCUCUUUGUCGGCUCUGGUAGUGCUCUUCACAAAGGUGGUCCUGCGUCUCUGGUCGCUGUAAGAAUUCUUCCCAUUACGCUCGAUUUCAAGACGAUAAUUGACGAACAUAAUAUCAUAGAUCUCAUCAUCGGCGUCAUGUUGCUGAUCACCAAUAUGGCUCUGGCGGAAAUGGCCGUUCUGUAUCCCGUCAAUGGUGCCUUCUACACUUACAUUGUCCGCUUUGUUGAUCAAUCUUGGGGCUUCGCCUGCGGUUGGGAGUACGCUCUAUCCUGGCUCACCGUUCUUCCCUUUGAGCUGAUCGCCGCAUCAAAAACGAUUGAGUUUUGGCGUACUGAUAUCCAUAUGGCCGUGUGGGUCACUGUCUUCCUUGUCGCUCUCACCAUUGUGCAAGUCUUCGGUGUCCGUGGCUAUGGCGAAGUCGAGUUCGUUCUUUCUAUUAUCAAGAUCUGCGCUUGCCUGGGUUUCAUCAUCCUCGGUAUCAUCAUCAACUGCGGUGGUGUCGGCGAUCAGGGUUACCUUGGCACCAAGUACUGGUACGACCCUGGUGCCUUUACUAAUUUCAAGGGGUUCUGCGCCGUCUUCGUUGUUGCGGGCGAGUUCUUCCCAUCCUCUUUCGCCUUCGGCGGUACUGAGAUGGUUGGUCUCGCUGCUGCUGAGUCUGCUAACCCCCGGAAGUCUAUUCCCACUGCUUCUAAGCAGGUCUUCUGGCGUAUCGCCCUCUUCUACGUUAUCAACCUCUUCAUCGUCGGUAUCAUUCUCCGAAGCGAUGAUGAGCGUCUUCUCGGUGCAUCUGGUGCUGAUACAAAGGCUUCGCCUUUCGUCUUGGCUAUUCAGGAUGCCAGCAUUAAGGUCCUUCCGUCUAUCUUCAACGCCGUUAUCACUAUCUCCGUCUUGUCUGUUGCCAACUCGUGCACUUUCGGCUCCACUCGAACGAUGCAGGCUAUGGCGACUCGCGGUCAUGCCCCUAAAUUCCUGAACUAUAUUGAUAGCAAGGGCCGCCCUCUCUGGUGCGUGCUCAUUCAACUUGCUUUUGGUCUCUUGGCCUACGUCGGCGAGUCUCCAAAAGGUGGUCAAAUCUUUGACUGGCUUCUCGCCCUUUCCGGUCUCGCAUUCCUUUUCGUAUGGGGCAGCAUUUGCCUUGCCCACGCCCGUAUGCGCGCUGGUUUCAAGGCCCAGGGCAUCAACUUGGGGCUUGUCCCCUAUAAGUCUCCGUUCGGUGUCGUGGGCAGUUACAUCGGCCUUGGUCUGAACGUUCUUGCUCUUAUCGCCACCUUCUACUCUGCCCUUUUUAAGUUUAAGGCUCCUGAUGGCUCCCCACCAACCGCUGAGGCCUUCUUCAUGUCCUUCCUCGCCGCCCCCGUCAUUCUCGCCCUGUACCUUGGUUGGAAGGUUUACUCUCGUGACUGGAAGUUGUAUGUCGGGGCCAGUGAGAUGGAUCUUCACACCGGAAUUGUUUUGCUUGAAGAGGAGGAGCCUGAGGAGGAGAAGACGUGGGCUUCUCUACCUAAGCGCAUUGUGCGUGCAGUUGUCUAA